AUAUAGUAGCUAGUACAGGUGCAGAAGAUAUAGUAGCGGUAAUAGUGGUAGAUGCAGAUAAGAAAGAUGUAAUAUCAGUAGUAGUGUUAGUUGAUAUAGAUGCAGGUGUAGAAGUCAUAAUGGUCGAUAUAGAUAGUAAGAAAGAUGUAAUAUCAGUAGUAGUGUUGGUUAAUAUAGGUACAGAUGUGAAAAUCAUAAUAGUCAAUAUAGAUAGUAAGAAAGAUAUAAUAUCAGUAGCAGUGUUGGUCAAUAUAGGUGCAGGUUUGAAAGUCGAUACAGGUGUAGAAGUUAUAAUAUUGGUAGUAGUGGAUGUAGAUACAGAUGUGGAAAUCAUAAUAUCAAUAGUUGUGAAUGUAGAUACAAACAUAGUAAAAAUGAAUGAAGUUGUAAUAGAAGUAUCAGAUUCAGAGUUUAAUAACGAUUUAAUAAAGCUGACUUGUCAAAAGAUUUGA